GGAAGUUGACACCCAGACAGAGAGACAGACAGACAGACAGACAGACAGACAGACAAUGGAGCGGCUGGUUGUGUGUGUGCUGCUGUGUGUACUUCUAUGUGCGGUGCUGGUGAAGGGCUACAACUGCCCCGGCCGCUGCAUCUGCCAGCACCUCUCCCCCACUUUGACUCUGCUCUGUGCUAAGACUGGUCUGUUGUUUGUGCCCCCAACCAUCGACCGCAAGACCGUGGAGCUGCGCCUCACAGACAACUUCAUCACCAUCAUCCGCAGGAAAGACUUUUUCAACAUGACCAGCCUGGUCCACCUCACCCUGUCCCGUAACACCAUCAGCCAGAUCACGCCCCAUGCCUUCCUGGGCCUGCGCUCUCUACGAGCCCUCCACAUGGACGGCAACCGCCUCAGUGUCAUCAAAAGCGACCAUUUCAAAGGCUUGGUCAACCUUCGCCACCUCAUACUGGGGAACAACCAGAUCCACCACGUGGCCCCUACCUCCUUUGAUGAGUUUGUGUCGACCAUCGAGGACCUGGAUCUGUCCAACAACAACCUGAGGACCCUGCCCUGGGAGGAGAUAGGCAGGAUGAGCCACAUCAACAUCCUCACCCUUGAUCACAACCUGAUUGAUCACAUCGGAGCUGGGACUUUCACACUCCUCACCAAGCUGGUUCGUCUGGAUAUGACCUCCAACCGGCUGCAGAAGCUACCUCCAGACAGCCUGUUUCAGCACGCACAGGUGCUGUCAGACGCCAAGGGCUCCAACCCGUCUUCCCUGGCAGUGAGCUUCGGAGGGAACCCUCUCCACUGUAACUGUGAGCUGCUGUGGCUCCGCAGACUGACACGACACGACGACCUGGAGACAUGCGCCUCCCCGGAGCACCUCAUGGACAAGUACUUCUGGUCCAUCCAGGAGGAGGAGUUCAUCUGCGAGCCCCCGCUCAUCACCAAGAACCUAUCUACCAAGCCCUACGUCAUGGAGGGCCAGGGGGUCACCCUCAAGUGCAAGGCCAUGGGAGACCCAGACCCGGCCAUCCACUGGCGCUUCCCAGAUGGCAAGCUGGUGCAUAACAACUCCCGCACCAUCCUGUAUGACAACGGUACCUUGGACAUCCUCAUCACCACCCUAAAGGACAGCGGUGCCUUCAACUGUGUGGCCUCCAAUGCUGCAGGCAUCGCCACAGCUGCCGUGGAGAUCAACAUGAUCCCUCUGCCCCUGUUCGUAAACAACACAUUGCAUCACAUGCGCGAGGCUGAUCGGGGCCUCUCUGACAUCACCACCUCCUCCAAGUCAGGCAACGACACCAAGGGCCAUGACAAGCACCAGGACAGGAGGGUGGUGGUGGUCGAGUUGACCUCCUCCUCGGCUGUGAUUCGCUGGCCCUCCGAGCGCCACAUCCCAGGCAUCAGGAUGUACCAGAUUCAGUACAACAGCACUGCAGACGACACACUGGUUUACAGAAUGAUCCCGUCCACCAGUAAGACCUUCCUGAUCAACGACCUGGCGGCGGGCCGGGAGUAUGACCUGUGUGUCCUGGCGGUGUACGACGACGGCAUCACCUCUCUGACGGCCACGCGCGUGGUCGGCUGCGUCCAGUUCCACACAGCCAGCGAGGUCAGCCAGUGUCGCUUCAUCCACAGCCAGUUUCUGGGCGGCACCAUGAUAAUCAUCAUUGGCGGCAUCAUCGUGGCUUCAGUGCUGGUGUUUAUCAUCAUCCUCAUGAUCCGCUACAAAGCCCACAGCAGCCCCGAGGACAGCAAGGUCAAGGUCAGCUCCAGCAUGCACUCCCAGACCAACGGCAGCCAGCACAGACUCCAGCGCUCCACCUCCAAACAGCCUGCCGAGGACAGCCACCAGAGAGAAGCCCAACCGGUGGCAGCCAAGGAGUGCAUGGCCCUGGUGCUGAAGGUUGACAGUGACAAGAGGGAGUGGGACACUCCUCUGGCCACCACGGCCAUCCUGGAAGUGGAGCUGCCCCCCCUGCCCACGGACAAGGUGAGGAGGACCAGCCUGGACGCCCAGCGCUCUGGAUCUGGCCCCCCGUCAGAGGACACACAGACAGAAAGCAGCCCGAUGGGCUCCACCAUAUCCUUGUGUCUCCUAGGUCCCAACGCCAGCACCAAGGAGGCCCCCAGGCUCAAGGACAAGAGCACCCUGGCCAACAUGGGGUUUAAUAAUGAGCUGGCACGAACUAGGCACAGGUUCAGCUUUGAUGGGGGAGACUACUCCAUAUUUCAGAGCCACAGUUACCCCCGCAGAGCGCGGACGAGGCGGCACAAGUCUACAAACCAGCUCAACGUGGAGUCCUCACCGCUCGCCAACCGGAGAGUCAUUUUCAGCAGCACUGAAUGGAUGCUGGAGAGCACAGUGUAAGAGAUACAGCCUGGCCUCUCUGGCUCUCUGAAAGACACACACACACACACAAACAGUUUGACACAUACACCCUCAUGCAUACACAUUUACAUAUCUAACAAAUAAAUCUACAUGCAUACAGAGACUCAGAGUUGCUGGAGAAGAAAACAGUCCCCUUUCAUCCUGCCUCCCCUCAUACACCCAGAGCGACAGAGUUGUUGGACAUUUCAUUAGUUUCUGCAGCAGUGCCUUAUUCUAAAAUAUGUACGAAUGGAGGAUGCUGCUCAUUGUAGUCAUAAACUUUCCUUUCUAUCAUGGUUUUCCCCGUUUCAUGGGGAGUGAUGCUUUUAGUUUUUUUGUUCUUUGACAUGCCAAGGGUUGGGGCAUUUGUAACUUUUCCUUUUAAUGUUAAAAAGAUCACACUGUAAAGUGAACAACCAGGUAUCUUGUAUGUUGAUCAUCCUUUGGGUUCUUUCAAAGACUUUUGCACACGAAGACACGACGAUACGAGGACAAGUAUCACACCAGUCUAUACAUUAUUAAAAAUAUAGAACUAUACACAUGCCGAUUUCAAAUGUUAUAGCAUAGAGAGGAUGGACCUGAUAAACCUGUGGACUCCUCCAUGCUGGUUGGACUGUAUGAUAUUACUAGGUAUUGUUCCAGAUGUGACUGUAUGAUAUUAAUCGGUAUUGUAUCUGGCUGGUCUAGAUAAAAAGACAACAAAAAAAAUACAUAUAGAAGUAUAUUAAAAACAUUGGUGUAUGUGUAUUAUGUAAGUCAUAUGUCACAACUUUUUACUGAGCAUUUGGGUGUUGGCCACAAGUUUUUACAUUAAAAACCUGUGUCCUCACACUUCCCCCUAUUUAGUAUGACAAGGUUUGGACCACUUAUCCCUUAUGAGAGGGUAUUAAAUUUUUUGUGUGGGUUAACUGUA